UUUUUAUAGUUUGCUAAAAAUAUUACUAAAUUUGCAAAAACCCUGACAGGAAGGGAACGGGACCCCAAUCGGAGGAGGCAUACGGACAGACACUACUGAUGGACAGACCGACAGCCCCGCAGCUAUCGGUGGGUGACGUGACCUUUGACUCCAUAGAGAUAGUGUGGAGUUUCCCUCUGGAAAGCCCUAACCUAACGGUGGCGCUGACGACAAUCAACGGGUAUUACAUAUACUCUAAAAGCCAUUCCUCUCAAUGGAUGGAUAAACAGAUUCGUCAGAAAAUCAGUUCCUAUACUGCGAUAGACUUACUCUGCGGUACACUCUAUCAGAUCCGUCAGAAAAUCAGUUCCUAUACUGCGAUAGACUUACUCUGCGGUACACUCUAUCAGUUUUAUGUCGUGGCGUACAAUGCGAUGGGAAAGGGAGACCCGAGUGAUGCCAUUGCUAUUAAGACUAAAGGAUCAGCGCCGUCAUCUCCCAAACAUAUGUCUGAAUUGGUUGUGGCGAACACGACGUCGGCGCUCAUCCGUCUGGACGGCUGGCCAUCAAACGGCUGUCCC